GUGUCAUGUAGAGGUACAGAAAAGGAAAGGAGGUGGGGUUUUGUCUGUGGUAUGUCGCUAUAAAAGCAUUUCAGUGGAAGUCAAGGAGAGACGCUGGCAACACUGCAGCCUACAUCUAUUCUGGGACACAUGCCUGGACUACUCUGCACAAAGGAUAUUCCGAAGAAUAUCAACGACUCAAUUUCUACGGCCUCUUCCUCUCCUGCCAUCAUCUUAACUGAGCUGCAGCCGCUGAUGGCAAACCCAGACUUGCCGUCUGAGCAUGACAACUGCCAGGAAAACAAGAAGGAGCUGGACACUGUGCAGCCACGGUCCUCAACUGUGCGCACCUGCAGGACCCGCUUCCUGAAGGGCAUCUCGUAUUUCUCUGGGGACAUGAAGGUGUUUGGAAAAUGGAUGGAAAGUAAUUUUUUCCUGCUGCAGCUGCUGGACUGGGUUUUGCGUGGAGCUGCUCAGGUGAUGUUCGUCAACAACCCUUUAAGUGGCCUCAUCAUUUUUGCAGGCCUCAUCCUGCAGAACUACUGGUGGGCCCUCAAUGGCUUUGUGGGCACGCUGUUUGCCACCAUCUCUGCCGUUAUUCUGCAACAGAACAGGGGGGCCAUAGCUGCAGGGCUGUACGGUUACAAUGGUAUCCUGGUGGGUCUGCUGAUGGCUGUGUUCUCCCACAAAGGAGACUGGUACUGGUGGCUCCUGCUACCAAACAUCUUCAUGUCCAUGAUGUGCCCGAUUCUGUCCAGUGCCAUAGCAUCUAUCAACAGUCGCUGGGAUCUGCCAGUGUUCACCCUGCCAUUCAACAUCCUGGUGUGUCUCCACAUGGUCGCCACCGGACACUACAACCACCACUUCCCCCAAGUCCUCAUUCAGCCGCGCUCCGAGCUGCCCAACAUCACCUGGGCCGAGAUCAACAUAGCCAAGCUGUUCAUGUCGGUGCCCGUGGGAGUAGGCCAGGUGUACGGCUGUGACAACCCAUGGACGGGAGGAAUUUUCAUCGUCUCACUCUUCAUCUCCUCCCCUAUCACCUGCGCUCAUGCUGUUCUGGGAUCUGCAGUGGGCAUGGUUUCAGGCUUGGCUCUGGCAGCGCCUUUUGGAGAUAUUUACUUUGGCCUCUGGGGAUACAACUGUGUGCUGGCUUGCAUCGCUGUGGGAGGAAUGUUUUACGCUCUUACCUGGCAGGUGCACCUGCUUGCCAUCACAUGUGCAUUUUUCUGUGCAUACCUCGGCUCAGCCAUUGCCAAUAUCAUGUCCACCUUUGGUCUGCCAGCCUGCACUUGGCCUUUCUGUCUCUCUGCACUCACCUUCCUCCUUUUAACCACGGAGACCAAGAAGAUCUACAAGCUGCCUCUGGCCAAAGUCAACUACCCCGAGAAAAACCUGGUCUUCUACUGGAAGAUGAAGAAGCAGGAAAAAAUGGAGAAGGCUGAGAAAAAGAGGAAUGACAGUGAGGAGCAGAUGAAGGCUCUCGAGGAAGAGGUGAUAAUGAACGAGAAAGAGCAGCUGAGGCUGGAGCUCAGGAAAUUGGAAGGAAAAAAAGCUGCAAGCAAGGAAUCAGAGGCGGAAAAUAACAAGAUCCAAUUUGUAGACUACACACCUGAACAACAGCGUACUGAAGAACAACAAAACAACAAUGAUCUUACAGAAGUCACUCUUGUUGACUAAGUCUAAUACUGCAGAGAGAGAGAGAGAGAGAGAGAGAGAGAGAGAGAGGAGAGAGAGAGAGAGAGAGAGAGAGAGAGAGAGAGAGAGAGAGAGAGAGAGAGAGAGACUGAUGGAACUUAAAUAUGACAAAUGUAAAUACCUACAAUUAUCUGUGAAGACGCUUCUGAAAAAAAUCAUAUUUGUAUUCCAGUUGAUAUUUAACUAAAUGAUUUUGAGACACAAAAUACUUUUCUUCUCUGUAAAACUUUAUAUAUGAAAUGUAUAUUUUUAUAAAUAAAUUAUUUUAUAAUAAA